CAAAAACGGAAAAAUAAAAAAAAAAAGAUCUCCCACAGUCUCGCCCCUUUGUCUUCUUUAAUGGCGAUUGAGCUCGGCUCCUCUUCCUUCUCUCUCCUCCCCAAAACCCUAGGCCCCCCCUCCCGCGCUCGAUCCUCGGCCUCCGAGGCUGAAGAACUGGAUUCCGUCAGUGAUCUCCUCAGAUCCCUGGUAGGCAAAGGAUCAGCACAGCUUGUGCAGCAGGCGCAGACAAUUACUAAGAGUUACACAAAUAUUCACAGUCUGCAUUCUGAAGAUGCAUCCUUUACUGCAAAUCACAGGGAUCAUUCCCCAGAGCGAAGACCAGCAUUGGGUCGUAAACGGGCUAAGUUUUCCCUGAAGCCUGUUCCCAGUAAUUCUGUUCCAAAUAUAGACUUUAGCUGUAGCCUUGACCACAUUCAUGAUCCGGAGGAGUACUUCUCAGCCUUUGAACAACUUGAAAAUGCAGAAAAGGAGUUAAAGAAGCUAAGGGGUGCAUUCUGUACAGAACCCGUGGAACCUAAUAAGUCUACAACAGUUCGUAAACAUCGUCCCGGACUACUUGGGAGGACAGCUAGUUACAAACAUCAUAGUUCAGCUGAUGCUGAUACUACUGAGACCUUUACUGGGUCCCAAGAAGAACAUCUUGAUAGAAGAAUUCCCAGUACAUCAAAUACUUCAGUUGGUACAGGGCCAUCAAGCCUAUUUCACGGAAAGCUGGUUAAUGAAUGUGGCAGUUCAAAAGCUAAGAAGACAAAUGGUAGACUACAAGAUGCUAUUGAUACUGAAGUUCCUCUUACAGGCUCUGUGGCUGAUACCAAUAGUAAUAUUUUGGAAAAACUCUUGUCCUCAUUUGAAGAUUUUGAUGAAGCUGAAGGUAAAAAUUUUCUACGAGAGAGCUUGCAGAUGAAGUUGAUCGAUGCUGGCAAGUUUUGCCUCCCAGAACUGGGGAAUAUUCAAUUAGGUCAGAGUGAUGUGUUAAAAACUAAAGCAACGCGUGCAGACUUCAAGAGUUCUCAGAUUUCAUCACCCGCACUAAAGGCAAUAUCUGCUUUUCAGCGACGCGUUUCACUGAAAGAUCCACUAAAAGAUAUUUGCUCUGAACUGCCUAGUGAUGGUGCCCCUUCCACCAGAGACUAUACACUCCUUAAAAGUCAUGGGAGAAAAUCUCCUUUACCAGUGGAUACUGGUAACCAUGAUGUGAGUGGAUUUUCUUUUGAUGAUGCUUCUUCUCCGAUGGCGGAAAGAGGCACCGGUUUGGGUUUUGAGGAUGACCACUCCCCUGUCUUGGAAGCGGAUAAAUUGACUGGCAACAAUAUCACAUUACAAGAAAAGCAUGAAGAUCAUUCUCGUCCUUCUCCUGAAAAAAGUAUGAAUUCUGAUUCCAAUGGAGUCAUUAAUGACAAAGGAACUAUAUAUGAUGGACUUGAUGGUGGUUUGCAAGAGGGCAACUAUAUACAAUUGGAUCCUAUCAUUAUUGAUCAGGCAGAUGCUGGGGUUGAUGGUCUGAUAACAAGUUGCAGCGAUCAAGCUAGUAGGAAAGAGAUCUUAGACCAUCCGUCUCAGCUGCUUGGAGAAAACACAGAUUUUGACUCCAAUGCGGGUGACAAUGAAAGAUCAUGUGCUUUUGAUGUUAAUGCACAGGAUGAUGACAUGCAACAAGAUUAUUUAAGCAUGAAUCAGCCAAGUGCUGGUGUUGGAGUUCUGCCUUCAAUUUGUGUCAAUCAGUCCACAACAGAGAGCUUAGCAAGCCCACCUAGCAGAAAACUGGAUGGAAUCUCUAACAUCAACGUUGAAAACGUAUGUUAUGAACUUGACACUUCACAGUCCAAGUUUCAGAUAGAUUCUAUGGUACAUGACAAGGUGCUUGAUGCUGGAACUUCUAGAGAGAUCACAUGCUCUCUAGAAGCAACUGUUUCUACCAAUCAACACUUGCAAAAUAGACACUCCUCACGAGCAGAAACUAAUGAGGAACAUCCACCAGCAUCUGGACUGCCUAUCAAUAAAGUAAUGAAAACAAAGGCACCAACAAAUACAAGGCGUAAGAAAAAACUUAUUUCAAGAAAGCAUAGUCUUGCAGGUGCAGGUACAGUAUGGGAAAAUGGUAGAAGGAAAAGCUCCAGACGAAGAUUUAGACCUUUGGAGCAUUGGCGAGGGGAGAGACUCUUAUAUGGACGCAUUCAUGAAAGUCUGUCAACUGUCAUUGGCAUAAAGUAUGCGUCUCCAGGGAAAGAUACUUUUAAGGUUGAAUCGUAUGUUUCUGAAGAAUAUGCAGAUCUUGUGGCUCAAGUAGCUCGGUGUUGACAUGGAACGCUACUGUUCAUGAUCUUGUUUCUUGAUGUAAAGUGUAGUUAUUUGGGUGCUAAUUUUUGCCCAGUAACUGAUUAUGGUAUCUCUUCAGUUUCAAACUUAAUAGACCUAUGACCAACAACCCAGGGAGGAAAGAAGUUUGAUGCCAUAUAGGAGUGGAUGUGUAUGAGUCAAGUUAUCAAAUGAUAGCAGAUAGCUGGUAUUGCUGAUCCUAUCCAGUUCACAACUGAUUGAUUAGUGGAUAUAUGUGCAUUUUAUCUUUUACGAAAGCAUUUAAAAGCUUGUUAAGCGGAGUAGAUUUAGCCAUUUAGGUAAAUAUAUGGUGGUAUUCACCCAAAAAAAAAAAAUCUUGUUGGUCUAGGGCAGACUACACUAACUAGAGGUCUUUUACGGGUGUAAACUAUUUGCGUGAUUGAUAAACUACCACCUCAGGUUAAAUUGAUUUUUCUUUUUGGUGCUAUGGCCGUUAAAGUGAUAUUCAAUGUAAUAAUCAUAUACAAGUUUAUGUGUGA